GGACACGGUUUGUUUAUGAGUACGGUGAAAAAUAAUGUUCCUGUGGUUGGUUGUAAUUGUAUUUGUGACGUACAUAGUUUGCUUAAAAUGCAUUUAUUAUCGACAUCGGCGACAUUUAAAACAUGGACUCAAUGCUUUCACCAGCUUGGAAUCACCUGGGGCUGACAUUGAAUGUCUAGUUGUAACCGCGCAUCCGGAUGAUGAAUGCAUGUUCUUUGGACCAACGAUCAUACGACUUGUUGAAUGUAAUGUCAACGUGCAUUUGCUGUGUUUAUCGGAAGGGAACUACUACAAUCACGGUGCUAAACGUAAGCAAGAACUUUUCAACAGCUGUGCUAAACUGGGCAUACCAUCCUCCAGAAUUACCAUUCUAGACCACAAGAACCUUCCAGACUAUCCCAAAGCAGAAUGGAGAGUCUCCCUGGUCACCUCGAUAAUUGCGAAACACUUGAGAGCUCACAUUUUCAACAUGGUGCUGACCUUCGAUGGGAGAGGAGUGAGUGGCCAUAGCAAUCACGUAGCAAUCUAUAAAGCUGUCAGGCACCUCGCUUCCACUGACCAAGUACCCAAUGACUGCCGUUUGCUCUCCUUGGUGACUGUCAGCUUGCUCAGGAAAUAUGUUUCCUUCUUGGAACUUCCUCUCAGCUGGCUACUUCCCUCAUCACUCAGCUGCAUAAUAGGCUCAGAGGGCUACAGGCAGUGCAAAGCCGCCAUGCUUUGUCAUCGCACUCAACUGGUUUGGUUUCGGUAUCUGUACAUCAUUUUCUCACGCUACAUGUUCGUCAACACAUUCCAGAUGAUUCCACAUGGACCAAAGGUUAAUAAAAUGUAUUAGAAGGUGACCACAAUUUUUUUUUUCACUUGUAGCUCUUUUUUUAAUCGAAUUAGCUGGUUAUAUAGAAAGGGUAAUAAUGGACCAUAUGCACAGGAACACAUUUCUGGUGGAGUAGACAUCAUUUACGAUAACUUAAUUUCAAGAAAUAGCGAGUAAACCCUGACAAGUUUGACACUGUCAUUGUUGUCACAAUGCAUCUAGCAACCGACCAGAAUAGGCCACCUGACAUUAAAUGCUGAAAUGCUGCGUGCAUGAAGUCCACAUGAGGUCACCAGUGUAAUAAAAGCAAUGACCUAAAACUCACAACAUGAAUCAGUUUUGCC